UCACGCUACCUGUCCCCAAAGUCCGAUGUCCCGCACGUAGCUCUGAGCGAUGGACCGUCACAGUGGCGGAGGACCACCGCCCCACCUGCGGGGGCGGCCUGUGUCCGGCAAAGACGCGGCCAACGCCAACGAAUACUUCGAGCCUUUUCUCAACGCGACCACCCUCAAAAACAUCCUCGGCUAUCACAGGUCUAUGUGCGAAUUCCUUCACCUGAAACCGAACGUGUUCACGCACUUCUACCCGAAGCUGAAGGCGAACCUGACCUCGUGGAGGGCCAAGGCCCUGUGGAAGAAGUUCGAUCUGAGGGCGUCGCACAAGUGCUACGCCAAGGGCAAGGCCUGCUCGGGCACCAAGGUCCUCGUCAUCGGAGCCGGACCUUGCGGCCUGCGAACGGCCAUCGAGGCCCAAUUGCUGGGCGCCAAAGUGGUCAAAUAUAUCUUGGACAAAUACUCUGAAUUGUGGUUCAACAAUUCAAAUAAUUCUGAGACUGAAAAACUAACUUAUAUACUGCGUGAUUAUUCCACGCUUACCUUUACUUUAGCAAGUUUAGCACAUCAGUUUUAUCUAAAUGAUAUUGAAGAAAUUGGUAGAACUGCCACGCCUUUGAUAUGCACUCUAAUCGAAAACACUAUAAAAAGUGCCUCAAAUUAUAAGAAAAUCAAGUCGUACUUGCUUAGGUUUAACAAUCCAAAGCUGACAAGAAACUUCAUUGACGCUCAAAGCGAACUCUUGGCCUCCCUAAAAACCUGGCUGGGCUGGUUAGAAGCCCGAAACCAACCAUGUCCAGACUCGGACGUUUUCCUAGAAAUCAUAAUCCCGUUUCUCCAAGACGGCGACAAAGUCCCCACCCAAAUCAGCUGCGCAGCCGCGCAGCUCUUCCUCGAAAUGUCCAAACGUCCCGGCUGGCUGUGCCCCUUACGCAAACGCAGCGUUGCCACGAUUCUCACCGAGGCGCCUCGCUUGAGAUACGGCAACGCCGAUAUCAGGGACACUAUCAAUUCGGCUGCCUGUGAAAUACUUUUGAAGCAUUUGAAAUCGUUUGAUCAAGAAAUCGUUCAGCGGUACAAAUUGUUGAUUGGGAUGUACUUCACGGAGAUGACUAGGGAUUUCAAGGAGUUGGAGGUGAAUAGUACCGCGAACAAGGUGUGCGGGGUUGUUAUGGAGGUGUUGCCAGCUUUGUCGCACGUGAUAGAGUACUGUAGGGGGUUUCCCGUGGGUGCCAAGAGGGAACUGACAAGUGCCAUUAAGCCAACAUUGGACCACGCUUUAUAUCUAUUUCCAACCUACAUGAGGUACUCAGAAGUACACAAAAUAUUCUCCAGGUUUUUCAUAUCCGUACUGAAAAACCUACAGUCUCAAAUAGGGGCUGAGUUUACUAAAAACGCCAUACAAGUGUUUCUACAAGUUGCCAUCAGUGAACAGCAAGCCAACAGUUUGUCAGGAAUCCAACAACUCCUGGAUAUUUUCUGUAUGGUAGUUCGGGAAACGACAAACAAAAGUUUUUUACCUGAUAUUCUUCAACUGUGUAUGGAGAAUAUAUACACGCUAUUACUUCCUCAAGCUUGUGAAAGUCCCGACGUGUUUUUAACUUUUUUAGACUUACUAUAUAGUAUUCUUAAUUUUCAUUGGCUGUACUUCUACAAUUCCCAAGUAAUGCUAGGAUAUUCACCCGGUGGUAGUGACACUGAGGUUGGUCCAGAUAUACCCAAACGACCCGACCAAUUGUUGGCUGUGCUUAAAGUUUUUGGCGAGGGUCUGUUGGUUGAUGACGUGAAUAUUUUCAGAAAAAGCCUGGUUAUAUUACAAGACUUGAAUCACAAUAAAAAGAUAUAUCAUAAGAAUAUAUUCCGAACGCACUUGCUCUCUGAUCUACUUAGGGUUCUUCUGAACAUGCUCCUGUACAAGAGACAAGGCUUAUCAAACGACGACAUCAUCCUGGCGAUAUACAGCAUGGCCGAGGUGGAUUUCCAGGGGUUCUUCUACACCUUCCUACCACAGUACGUUCAGAAUUUGGAAGGAAUCACGCCGACGCAGUUCGAGACGCUGGUCGGUCAUCUGAACAACAGUUCCGACCGUGAUGUUCCGACUUUUAUGCAACACUUACAGAGUUUCGCCAACGAGUAUCAGCAUUUCCGAAUGUGCAAUACAUCUUGAAAGUGAUGUAAUUUUGUUAUAAUCAUUUUUUUUGUAAUUAUUUUGACAACGCUUUAGUAUUUUUUUUAAUUAAUUUUAACUGAAUAAUACUAUUAAUUUAUUUUCAUCAAAUGAACGAUACGUUUUACGAAAUUACGAUUUGUAUGAAUUAUGAUACAUAUACAGGGUGUUUUAUUUUUUAAUAACCGCUGUUUUAAGUAUCGUCUACACAUAAGGUUUUGCCUGUCAGUCGUGCCUGUUCAUUCAAAACAAGUAAUCAAGUAAAAUCUUGUGUGUAGACGAAAAAACGAAUAUUUUACUUGAACUGAAUUUUAAUUUCAGUACUCUAAACGGUUUCCCGUCUUUAACUGACAGGUAAAACGUUACGUGUGGACGUGCCUUAGGUAAAUUAUUAAUUUUAAGCUUAAUUUUCAUGCAUCCGUUGUUCGACGAUACGAUAUUAAUUUUAUUAGUUGAAUUCAACAUUUGUUCACUACUGCGCAUCACAAA